AUGUUCAGAACGCUUGCCAGGCCUAUCUCUGUGAGAUAUUAUUCCACAAACCCGUUCCGUGUGUUUGACUCCCAGACAAAAAACCUCCAGCGGACGCGCGCGGCGUUGAACCCGGAGUCGCGCCAGGUUGAGUACCUCCGCAACAUCGUCGCAGAGCGCACCAUCGAGCGGCUUGCAUUCAUCACGCGUGACUUUAAUAACGUGUUGGACUAUGGAGCUCAUGCAGGCAACUUGGAGAACCAGCUCUGCUCCGUAGGCGAGGCUGUUGGGGAUGAGGCUGCGCAGUUAAACCGCGACCGUAUCACUGUGCGCGACCGCUUGAAGCACAUCGUGAUGGCCGACACAUGCCGCGAGUUUUUGUUCCGAGACGCUUCGCCUGAAUUUUCCUUUAAUACUAAACUCUCCAUCGACCGCGUGGUGGUGCCCAGCCAUGAGAACGAGCUUCUAACUUCCACGUUUGCGCCUAACUCGUUCGACGCGGUGGUGCUGAACCUUCACUUGCACUGGAUCAACGAUCUCCCGGGCGUUCUAAAGUCCAUUAACGACGUUUUGGUACCUGAUGGUUUGUUUAUGGGCACGAUGUUGGGAGGCGACACGUUGUUUGAAUUGCGCACGUCGCUUCAGUUGGCCGAGUUGGAGAGACGUGGGGGGAUGUCGCCGCGGAUGUCACCCAUGGUCGAUGUCAAGGAUGUGGGUGGGCUCAUGAACAAGGCUAAGUUUAACAUGUUGACUGUGGAUGUGGAGGAUGUAGUUGUGGACUAUCCAAGCAUCGUGGCGUUGAUGGAGGAUUUGCAGCUCAUGGGCGAAAACAACGCCACGUUUGCUCGCACUAACUACAUGCAAAAGGACCUUCUCAUUGCUGCAAACGAGAUCUACAAGUCGUUACACGGAGACGAGCAUGGAAAUUUACCCGCCACGUUUCGCAUCAUUUUCAUGAUCGGCUGGAAGGAGAGUCUGGCGCAGCCCAAGCCGUUGGCCCGCGGCUCUGCCGAGAUGAACUUGAAGGAUGCCUUCUCCGCCGCCGAAAUGUCCUAG